UAUAUCUCUUUUUCCGUGUCUGAUAACAAUAUUUGUUGACUUUUGGUUGUUGACUUUGAUAUAAUAUGAAAAUGUCCUUGUUAUAGGAAAAUUUUGCGUAGUAUUUUGAAUUAAUGUGGAGAAUUUGAAUGAAAUAAUAUUUUUGAAGACAUCUAAAGAAAAAUGAAUCAGAUCUUACAGAGUGGUACACCAUCCGUUGGUACUAAGAAUUAUAGUGCAGCAAAUAUAGUGAAAGAAGGUUGGCUGUAUAAGAGAGGUGAAAGAAUAAAAAAUUGGAGACCAAGGUAUUUCAUACUUUUGGAUGAUGGUUCCCUUUUCGGUUUCAAAAACAGACCCCAUGUUACUGCCAUGAGCGAUCCACUAAAUAAUUUUACCGUGAGAGGGUGUCAGAUAAUGUCAACAGACAGACCUAAGCCCUACACUUUCAUUAUAAGAGGUCUUCAGUGGACAACUGUAAUUGAAAGAAUGUUCAAUGUUGAGACUGAGCAAGAAAGAGAAGAGUGGAUAUUAGCGAUCAAAACUGUAGCCGAACGAUUGUCAACGGAAUAUUCCGAUGUUGAGAUGAAUUCUAUGCCGUAUAAUGCAGGACCAAUAGAAAUCGCUGAACCGGCCGCUGAAGAUUUGUCGAAAAAAUUUCUCCUGCAGGGUACGUCGUAUUCCAAGUCAUCUGGAAAAAAGAAAGUAACUCUAGAAUCAUUCGAGUUCUUGAAAGUUCUCGGUAAAGGCACCUUUGGAAAAGUGAUAUUGUGCAGGGAAAAAAGUACAGCAAGGUUAUAUGCAAUAAAGAUAUUAAAGAAGGAGGUUAUCAUCCAGAAAGAUGAGGUGGCACAUACUCAAACAGAAAACAGGGUGCUGAGAAGUACAAAUCAUCCCUUCUUAACGUCCCUGAAAUAUUCUUUUCAAACCAAUGAAAGGUUGUGUUUUGUGAUGGAGUAUGUGAAUGGUGGAGAACUGUUCUUCCAUUUAUCCAGGGAAAGAGUAUUUUCAGAAGAACGUACAAGAUUUUAUGGGGCAGAAAUUAUUUGUGCAUUGGCCUAUCUUCAUUCUCAAGGAAUUAUUUAUAGAGACCUCAAGUUGGAGAAUUUGCUUCUUGAUAAAGAUGGACAUAUAAAGAUAACAGACUUUGGACUGUGCAAGGAAGAUAUAACUUACGGUCAGACAACAAGAACAUUCUGUGGCACCCCAGAGUAUUUGGCACCAGAAGUAUUGGAAGAUAACGACUACGGCAGGGCUGUAGAUUGGUGGGGUAUUGGAGUGGUUAUGUAUGAAAUGAUGUGUGGGAGACUUCCAUUUUAUAAUAAAGACCAUGAAAUCCUCUUCCAACUCAUUUGUGUAGAAUCAGUUAGAUUUCCAAGGAAUUUGAGCAAUGAAGCUAAAGACCUGCUCGCUGGCCUCCUUGUCAAAAAACCUGAAUUGAGGUUAGGUGGCGGUCCUGAAGAUGCGAAACAGAUAAUGGAGCAUCCAUUCUUCAGUUGCAUCAACUGGACGGAUUUGGAAAUGAAAAGGAUACCUCCCCCUUUUAAACCUCAGGUAACAAGUGAAACGGACACCAGAUAUUUCGAUCAGGAAUUUACUGGAGAAAGUGUAGAAUUAACCCCCCCAGAACCUGAUAGGAUACUGAGUUCCAUUCAAGAGGAACCCCAUUUUCCUCAAUUCAGUUUUCAGGACUUAUCAUCAACAAUUGGCAGCUCAAGUCAUAUAGGAAGUAGUAUGAGUAGUGUAGCAUAAGUAAUGUGAUGGAGAGAGGAUAUUUGAUUUCAAGUGAGUAGCUAAAAUGUUUGAUUGAUGUUUAACAAGUGUUGGAAACAACACAAGAAGAUAUAUUAUUUGUUAAUUUAAAAAAUUAAUUCAAACAGUAUCUUUGAGAGGAGUGUUUUAGUGCGGUAUGUUUGAAUAUGUAGCGAAAUACACUUUUUCUCAUCUCAAUGUAUAAAUAACAUUAGGUAAGGGAUUUUAUAGUGUUUGAACUCUCUUGUUGUUUGCAAUUAUUUUUCUCCAGUUAACAUCCCAAUAGAAUUUGAAUUGCAUUACGAAAUGAGGAUUAAUUGCGGAAUAUCAAACUUAUUCAAACCACAGGCAAUAGCAUUUAAUGAACAUAUGUAAUGAAUCUUUCUCAUUGUUACUAUAAUUUACAUUAAUCAUUAGGUAAAAUUGAUUUUUAUGAUAUUUAUAACAUAAAAAAAUUUGAUGUAAUGAUGACAGUUUGUAAUAAGAUUUCAUAAAACACUUUUUAUUCGAAGAUACAAAUUUCUGUUGAAUUGUAUGGAAAUUGGGAGAUUGUGAUAAAUUGUUGAAUUUUCUGUAUAUAAUAUGACAUAAGUAAAAUUAUCGAAGAAUUGUGUAAAUAUUGUUAUGGGAAAUAUUGUAAACAUAUUAUUAUUUUCAGUGAUUUUGGAAACAGUGAUCAUACUUCUUAUCUUGUAAUUUUCUUUUCGAAUAAAUAGGGGUUGAAUUGGAAUAAUUAGAUUGAUGAGAAUUAAAGAAUUGUAUAGGAAAUAUUUAUGAAAUGAACACAUAAUAAAAUGUGCUUUAUUUUGUAAUGUAACGAGUAUACUAGGUUGGCUGUAUAAUUGUCGGGAUUGGUUCAGUUAGGGUUUGAAGAUGUUGCUUAUAUUGAAUAUUUAAUUUUGUUUUAUUUACUCAGUGUAAUUUGAGCUAUGUAUAUAAUGAUCAUUAAUUAUUGUUUUAAUGAAUUAAUCUGCUAUAUCAAAUAUAUUUAUUACAUUAUC